AUGUCUGCCCCAAAUCCAAAAGCAUUCCCCCUCGCCGAUCAGGCUCUCACCCAACAGAUCCUGGACAUCAUCCAGCAGGCCAACAAUUAUCGCCAGUUGAAGAAGGGAGCCAACGAAGCCACGAAGACUCUUAACCGUGGUAUCUCCGAAUUCAUCGUUAUGGCGGCCGACACCUCUCCAAUCGAAAUUCUCCUCCAUCUUCCUCUCCUUUGCGAAGACAAGAACGUUCCAUACGUCUUCGUUCCAUCCAAGAUCGCCCUUGGACGUGCCUGCGGUGUUAGCAGAGCCGUCAUUUCCGCUAGCGUCACCACUAACGAGGCUAGCGAGUUGGCUCAGCAGAUCAAGGCUGUGAAGGAUAAGAUCGAGAGAUUGUUGAUCUAG